UAACAUUAAUGAAAGCGGUCAAACAGGAAUAAAAAGUUUAUAACCACGACCAAAUUGCUAAGCAGUACCUGUAAACUUGAAUGAGGAUAUUAAAUUAACAAUAACAAACAUUGAGAUACGCCGAUAGGACCGUUAUCAUUCUAGAAUGGUAAUAUAUUAUUAUUAUUAUUAGUGUAGUUCGAUUAGUUCAAAUAUAGGAGCUGAAAUUACAUUUAGAAACCGUUGCAAAACUAUGGAUAAUACGAUCAAAAAGUUGGUAGUUUUACUUGUUCCUAUGAUUGUGGAUUGCUUGGACAACGGACUUGCUAGAACUCCACCAAUGGGAUGGAUGCAAUGGGAAAGAUUUAGAUGCUUAACUGAUUGCGAAGCUUAUCCAGAUGAAUGUAUUAGUGAUAAGCUGUUUCGUACUAUGGCUGAUUAUAUGGUUUCUGAUGGUUAUCUUGAAGCCGGAUAUGAGUAUAUAAUGAUAGAUGAUUGCUGGACAUCCAAAGAGAGAGAUAAUAAUGGAAGGUUGCUGCCAGAUCCAGAUAGAUUCCCUUACGGAAUCAAGAAUCUUUCCGACUACAUUCACAGCAAAGGAUUGAAAUUUGGAAUAUAUGCAGAUUACGGUACAGAAACAUGUGCAGGUUAUCCGGGCAGUAUCGACCAUUUAAAAACUGAUGCUGAUACAUUUGCUGAAUGGGAAGUAGAUUACUUGAAAUUUGAUGGCUGCAACUCUGACUGGAUUUUCAUUGAUAAAGGUUAUAUCGAAAUGGGUAAAUAUUUAAAUGCAACAAACCGUCCAAUAGUUUAUUCCUGUAGUUGGCCUGCAUAUCAAGAACCAAAUAAUAUGGAAUCGAAUUAUUCAGCACUUGCUGAAACAUGUAACUUAUGGAGGAACUGGGACGAUAUUGACGACAGUUGGAAAAGUGUUACAGGAAUUUUAGAUUGGUUUAGUGGAAAUCAAGAUCGUAUUGCACCAUUUUCAGGACCUGGACAUUGGAAUGAUCCAGAUAUGCUCAUAAUAGGAAAUUAUGGCUUGAGUUAUGAACAGAGUAAAGCUCAAAUGGCAAUUUGGUGUAUUAUGGCUGCACCCCUUAUAAUGUCAGUUGAUUUACGAACGAUUGAACCAAAAUUUAAAAAUAUUCUUCUCAAUAAAGAUGCAAUAGCCAUUAAUCAGGAUCCUUUAGGAAUUAUGGGUCGGCUUAUCUUAAAGAAGGAUAAAAUGGAUAUUUGGACUAAACCAUUAAAACCUAAAGAAGAUGGAAGGAAACUUUUCGCAAUUGCCAUUAUGAGUCACAGAGUAGAUGGUUAUCCAUAUAGAUUCAAUUUUACGUUAGGAGAACUAAAUAUUACGGAUUCCAAUCAGUUCCACAUCAAAAAUAUUUUCGAAUCAACGUCAUCAGUCAUAGUCAAUGACAAAGAAUUAAUAUUUACACGGAUAAAACCAACAGGUGGUGCUUUGUUUGUAGUCACUCAACAGAAAUAAUUUCGAUGCAGUUUUAUAUAUACUUCUAUAAUAAAAGUUUUCAUAAUUUUUGGUUUCAAAA